AUGAAUACUUCACAUGAAGAAUCUCCACAGUUUGUCACACCAAAGAAAAAGAAUCCCAAGGGGAAACCUGUUAGCAGUAACCAGAAAUCAAUGAUUAUCAAUCACUAUAAAUCGAUCUUAGAAAAUGGCAGUGGGAUAAAGUUCCGUGAGAUGAUCACAAAUAUUUCUAAGACUACUGGAAUUGAGUACCACACUGUGCGUAAAACUAUAGCAGAGUACAAAACUACGAAAUCUGUGAAAUCACCGAAUCGAAAAAGGCAAAAACCUGGUGUGGUUGAUAAAAUAGACGACUUUGACAAAAAUGCAAUUCGAAGAAAGGUGCAUUCAUUUUGGUUGAACAGAGAAAUUCCAACACUGCAAAAGAUUUUAAUUGCAAUAAAUGAAGACGAAACCAUGCCAAACCUUAAAGAGACUUCUUUAAGAAUCAUACUUAAGAGUUUAAAAUUUAAGUUUACAAAACGCAAGAGAAACAGUAUACUAACGGAAAGACGUGACCUUGUUAAUUGGCGCAGAAAUUAUUUAUCAUCAAUUCGUCGGUUUCGGGAAGAAGAAAGACCCAUCUAUUAUUUAGACGAAACAUGGAUAAAUACAGGGGAUUGCGCUAACAAAGUAUGGGUCGACCAGACGGUCACCUCCCAUAGAAUGGCAUUCCUGAAGGGUUUAUCUACGGGAGCACCAAAUCCUACCGGUAAAGGUAAACGUCUAAUUGUACUUCAUAUUGGGUCUGUUGAUAGUUUCGUACGUGGUGGACUAUUAUGUUUCGAGUCAAAGAAAAAUACAUCCGAUUACCAUGAUGAAGUGAAUGGGCAGACGUUUAAAGAAUGGUUCGAAGAAAUAUUGCCAUUGCUCAAGGAUAAUGCGGUUGUCGUGUUGGAUAAUGCACCGUAUCAUUCGGUAAAAUCGGAAAGAGUUCCAACAAUGAGUUGGAAAAAGGCAGAUAUUGUCAAUUGGUUGCAUUCUAAAGGUGAAGAAGCCGAUCCAUCAAUGUUGAUUAAAAGUGAUCUAAUGGAUAUCGUGAAUCGUCUUAAAACCAAAUACAACAGCUAUGUAAUAGAUGAUAUUGCAAAAGAAGCAAGGAAAACGAUUUUGAGACUGCCGCCCUAUCACUGUGAACUUAAUCCUAUAGAACUGGUCUGGUCAAAGCAUUUGCUUCAUCAAGCAAUUGAUAGGGUAACACCGGAAGAUUGGCAGAAUUUUAUAUCCCACGUGAAGACUGAAAAACAAAAAAUAUGGAGUGUCGAUUUCAUAUGCGAUGAGCUUACCGACGAACUACAGUUGAAUCCAAACCACGUCCUUACCAUAGGUGAUACGUCCCACUCAUCAUCCGACAAUGAUAACGAUGACGAUGGUUGUUGUCCAUUAGAAUAA